UACGUCACACUGGUCGUAGAGCUGGCACAGAACAGCCAAGAAAGUGAAGGGAAGCCGAAGAGACGAUUUCAAGUUGAGAGAAGCCGACAAUUUGCAAUAAUUCGACAAGAUGAAUGCCUGCAGUGCCAUCGUUGUUGUCGCCAUUUCGGCCAUCAUGAUCCUCGGUGCAAAUGCAGACCGUAAACACUGUUUUUGCGAUCUUCGAUGGAGCACAACCGAGCUAACAGCAGGGCAGAGCGCCAAUGGUUUAGCGGUCUUGAAGAACCUACCUAACCCGAGCUACCACCACUGGCUGAGCGUGGGCUGCAGACGGGUCCUUCGAAACUGCCCCAACGACUGCCUGAAUGCGGCCAAUGCCUGGAUGGGCGGGGCUAUGUUCACCAACACGGCGGGCCAGCUGGCCUGCAAGAGCGUGCGGAGGAACGCGCCUCCAGGCAGUCCGGUCUACGUGUACGCAACGUACGACCCCAGCGUGUGCGGCGGUCGCACGUGGCAGUAUGUGGCCCCGCUCUGCUGCUGGAAGAUCGCGUUCCCUGGCUACGACAGCCAAUUUCUGUACAACCACAGAUGUGAAAAUCCGUGUCCACCGACUAACCCAGGAUGCUGAGUGGUUUCCUAAGACAGCUACGACAACACGUAACUACACAUCUGACUGAUUCAGUCGAGCUAAUUAGCUUCAACUUCAUGCGAACUCUUUCCAACAGACUGUAUAUAUGCCUUACUCGUGAACGAAGGAUGACGCUGUCGCGCGCUGUAACAUUGCUAUGGCUAAAAGAUCAUUGUUCAAACUUUAGUUUCCAGAUUUAGAUAAAGUUACUAAACUACUCCAAUAAACGGCAUUUUGAGGUUGUAGUAUUCACAAAAUAACAUUGGUCACCCCCCUAAGUCGCUCAAAUUUCUGUCAUGUUAAAAUUCAGAAAAGUGUAGUUUUAAAAACACCACUUUACCCUUUUGUAAUAAUUUCAUUUUCAAUUUUUAAACCCUAACUUAACGUGCAGUUGUCAUGAAAUAAACGGACAUUUUGAGGCUAUUCUUUCGUUUCAUAUCGGCCAGUGCUACAGCUUAGAUUUUGCACCAGUGAAGGAUGCUCGCACGUCCUUGCUAUAAAUAAAUGCUUUGCCUAAGCAUCUAUAGGCCAGUCUAAAAA